AUGGGAAGAUUGACCAGGAAGAAGGCUGAGGAUCCCAGGAAGAAGCCUCUCUUUGUUCUUGCCGCUGUCUUGCUGCUCAGCUCAGCAUGUGCAGUGCAUGAGACCUAUGUCCCAGCGCAGCCCUGCUCUGACUUUCAGACUGCAAGCUUCUUAAAGGGCAUGAAACUUAAGGUCCAGUUUCUUCUGUUCACCUCCUCAAACCCCAGCUGUGGGCAGCUGAUAUCACUUGGCGAUGGCAUCAAGAACUCCAGCUUCAAUACUAGCCUGGACACCAAGAUAAUAAUCCAUGGCUUCACAGCACUGGGCACAAAGCCCUCCUGGAUCAGUGGACUCAUGGGUGCAUUAUUCCGAGCUGCCAAGGUGAAUGUGGUCGCAGUUGACUGGGUUAAUGGAGCUACAAGAACCUACCCUGGUGCUGUGGAAAAUGUCAUAGAGCUGAGCAUAGAGAUCUCUCGUUUCAUCAGCAAGUUGCUGGCACUCGGAGUGUCAGGGACAUCUAUCCACCUCAUUGGGGUGAGCCUUGGAGCACAUGUUGCAGGUCUGGUGGGGCAGUUCCAUGGAGGCCAGCUGGGAAGGAUUACAGGGCUGGAUCCUGCGGGGCCCAAGUACACAAAAGCCGGCCGUGAGGAGCGCCUGGAUCCUGGAGAUGCUCUCUUUGUGGAAGCCAUUCACACCGAUACAGACAAUUUUGGUAUCCGGAUUCCUGUAGGCCAUAUUGAUUACUUCAUCAAUGGAGGCAAAGACCAGCCUGGAUGCCCCCGGUUCACCUCAUUAGGGUAUAACUAUCUGAUCUGUGAUCACAUGAGGGCGAUACAUCUCUAUGUCAGUGCCCUGGAGAAUUCCUGUCCUUUGAUGGCGUUUCCAUGCUCAAGUCAUGAAAAUUUCCUUGCUGGCCACUGCCUGGACUGUAUCAAUCCUUUCCUGCUCUCCUGUCCCAGAAUAGGGCUGUUGGAGCGCGGUGGAGUCAGCAUGGCAAAGCUCCCCGAGGAGGUGAAGGUUUACUUGGUGACUGCCUCCUCAGCCCCGUACUGCAUGUACCACAGCCUGGUGGAGUUUCACUUGCAGCAGAAGAGAAGCUUGGUCACCAAACUUGAGAUCACCUUCCGCAGCAGCAACUCUACAGCCAGCGUGAAGAUCACCAUACCUAAGCAGCAGCAGCUGGGCAAAGGGGUGCUGGCUCACCCAGUCCCACUCUGCCAGAUAGAGGCGGUGACGCUGAAGUAUCUCCCCAAGUUGCACAUCUGGAAGAAGGACAAGGCUGUCAUCAUUGGCAACUUCUGUACAACCGCACUGCCUGUCAGUAAUCGUGAGAAGAUGUUUUGCCUGUCUCAAUAUCUGUCCCUGACAGCGAGCAGGCCCCUUGAACGUGACCUGGCAGUGAACUGUGCAUAG